CCCUAGCUCCAUUUCACAUCUCUCCCCAAAACUCGAGCCCCCAAUCCAUCAGAUCUUCCGUCAUGGCUUCGAGGAGGCUCCUAGCCUCGAUUCUGAGAUCCUCCGCCGCGCGCCGCCCUAGAUCACCAUUCACCGCCGCCCCGAAGCCGGCCGCAAGGCCCUCCCCGGCGGGUCACUUCCUCCACCGAUUUGUGUCUCAGUACGCGACUUCUGCGGCGGCAUCCGCUCCUUCUCCGCCCAAAUCUCCGAAAGCCAGCGCGGCUGGGAAAAUCACGGAUGAGUUCACCGGUAAGGGAUCGAUCGGGAAGGUUUGCCAGGUCAUCGGUGCCGUCGUCGAUGUGAGGUUUGACGAAGGGUUGCCCCCAAUUUUGACGGCCUUGGAGGUUUUGGAUAAUCAGAUCAGGCUUGUUCUGGAGGUCGCGCAGCACUUGGGUGAGAGUGUGGUGAGGUGUAUUGCUAUGGAUGGGACUGAAGGCUUAGUCAGAGGCCAGCGCGUGCUCAACACUGGCUCGCCAAUUACUGUACCUGUUGGUAGAGCUACCCUAGGCCGUAUCAUCAAUGUCAUUGGAGAGCCUAUAGAUGAGAAAGGAGAUAUUAAGACGGAACACUUCUUGCCAAUUCAUCGUGAAGCUCCUGCCUUUGUGGAGCAGGCCACAGAACAACAAAUUCUUGUCACUGGUAUCAAGGUUGUUGACCUUCUUGCACCAUAUCAAAGAGGAGGGAAAAUUGGGCUGUUUGGUGGUGCUGGUGUUGGGAAAACUGUGCUUAUCAUGGAACUUAUUAACAAUGUCGCUAAAGCUCAUGGUGGUUUCUCUGUGUUUGCUGGGGUGGGCGAACGUACACGUGAGGGUAAUGACUUGUAUAGAGAAAUGAUUGAGAGUGGUGUGAUUAAGCUAGGUGACAAGCAGGCUGAGAGCAAGUGCGCUCUGGUGUACGGUCAAAUGAAUGAGCCACCUGGUGCUCGUGCCCGUGUUGGACUUACUGGUUUAACUGUGGCAGAACAUUUCCGUGAUGCUGAAGGGCAGGACGUGCUUCUCUUCAUCGACAACAUUUUCCGUUUUACACAAGCCAAUUCUGAAGUGUCUGCUCUGCUUGGGCGUAUACCAUCUGCUGUCGGUUAUCAACCUACUUUGGCUACCGAUCUUGGUGGUCUACAAGAACGUAUUACCACAACUAGAAAGGGUUCCAUUACGUCUGUACAGGCCAUUUACGUGCCAGCCGAUGACUUGACAGAUCCCGCCCCUGCCACAACCUUCGCUCACUUGGAUGCCACAACUGUGUUAUCUCGACAGAUUUCUGAGCUUGGUAUCUAUCCCGCCGUCGAUCCUCUCGACUCCACAUCCCGUAUGCUCUCCCCACACAUAUUGGGCGAGGAGCACUACAACACCGCCCGUGGUGUCCAGAAGGUCCUCCAGAACUACAAGAAUCUUCAGGAUAUCAUCGCCAUUCUGGGAAUGGACGAGCUCAGCGAAGACGACAAACUAACCGUGGCACGUGCCCGUAAAAUCCAGAGAUUCUUGAGCCAGCCUUUCCAUGUCGCAGAAGUGUUCACGGGCGCCCCUGGCAAAUACGUCGAAUUGAAGGAGAGCAUCAACAGCUUCCAGGGAGUCUUGGAUGGCAAAUACGAUGACCUCCCAGAACAGUCGUUUUACAUGGUUGGAGGGAUCGAUGAAGUGAUCGCCAAGGCCGAGAAGAUUGCGAAGGAAUCUGCAGCCUAGACGACGACCGAUACAGUUUCAGCAAAGGCUAUUGAACAAGUGAAUUUUAUUCGAAAAAAUAAUGUGAAGUGUUGGUGGGAUUGCACCAGCCCGAAUGAGGUGUUAUUUAUCGUCGUUGGAACCAAAAUUUCCGAGUUAGAAAUUUGCUGUGUUUUGUGCCCAUUGGAGGUUUAUAUUGUUGCAGAGGACCUCACAUGGCUUCUUUCCCUUACCCUUCCAUAGCUUCCCUGUCGUUUUUAUUUUAUAAUAAGAACAAUCAAAUAUGGAUCAUGAUUCUGUAUAUUUUUGCUUCAAUUUUUGAUUAUUUUCACUA